UUUUCCUUGUUGCUAUGGGAGCCUGCGGUAGGGCCGGACUUCGGGCGAUCCUCCGGUAGGGUCCCCCUCUCCUUUCCUUCCCCCGCGUCCUGGCAGCCGAAAUUACAGGUUCCAGUUCGGGGGGGGGGGAAGAGAGAGAGAGAGAGAGAGAUCCUUUGUUGUCAUGGUGACGGUAGCACCGUUAUUUUGGCCUUGCUAGCGAUGUUCUCAGUGGAGACGGAGACGGACAGCCGGAGCAGCAGCGAUGUCCCGUUCCCAAAUCAUCCACAGUGGCCACUUCAUGGUCUCGGAACCCCACGCCGAGUCGGACCCCGAUCCGGAUCUCGGUUCCGAAGAGGCCAUAAGCUCGGCCGAGCGAGCCGUUCGUUUAGGCCUGCAAAGCUGCGCGACCGAGCGAGUCAGAGGGGCCGGAGCGUUAGGGAAAGCUGCGGCUGGGAAGGCUGAAAGUGCGGCCCGGCCGGGUUUCGGGGCUCCUUACGACUUCGACACGGUGAACCAAGGCACCUGUCAGAUCUACCGCUACGGGCCGCGCAGCAGCGGCGCGCUCAAUAUCGACGCCUCCCUCACGAAGCUCUUCGAAUGCAUGACCCUGGCCUACAGUGGGAAAAUUGUAUCUCCCAAAUGGAAAACCUUCAAGGGGCUGAAAUUGCAGCAGCGUGACAAGAUUCGACUCAAUAAUGCUAUUUGGAGGGCAUGGUAUCUACAGUAUGUGGAGAAGAGGCAGAAUCCUGUGUGCAGUUUUGUGACUCCCCUAGAAUGUAGUGACAUAGAGCAGCAUCGCAAACCUGAGGCUGUCAUUAUGGAAGGAAAAUAUUGGAAACGCCAGGUUGGGGUUGUUAUUAGGGAAUAUCAUAAAUGGAGGACAUUCUUCCAUAUUCGGGAGCAGAAGAAGUUUGACAAACCGAUCUGUGAUCCUAGUCAGGAGGUGUCUGAUGGAAUUUCAGAGGUAGAACUCAACAUUGAAACAGCAAGUGGAGGUCCAAUGGAGCUUGAUCCCUUACAUGAUCUGGAUGCACUUCUGGAUACCAUGGUCUCCAGCCGCAACCCUUAUGGUGGUCCCAAUUUACGUGGUCUUGCUCACCAGGGUAAUGCUGACAUGAUCCAGCCUACUCUGACCCAACUUCACCCCAAUUUUGGAGAAGAAUUUGUGAACACUUUGGACCCUAUUCAUGAAUUUAUUACUUCUUGUCGUUCUCAGCCUAUAUUCCAGGUUCCUGCACCUCUGCCAGAUGCUACUGCCUUAGACCAAGACGCCUCAGAUUUGCCUCCGGUUGUCCCUCAUGCUAAGGAACUCCCACCAUUGGGAGACCCACUUCUGGAUGUGGAGCUGCCUACACCUCUGACUGGACAGCAGAUCUUCUUGCCAUUCUUCCCUACCUCUCCACCAAGGAUCAGCCCUCCACCUGCCCCUCCCAUCUUGCAUCUUCAGCCACAAACCACAUUUGUCUUUUCUGUUGUUACUAACACUGGAUUGGAAAAGACCUUGCCAUCCCCUCCUGGGGGAUCUUUUGUUAUGCCAAACUGUGGUUCCACAACCAAGGGUGGGGGAGUCAGGCAGCUUCAGUGGAUUGCUCCAGCACCUUCUACUCAUCAUCAGCCAGCAACGCCCCAGCCCUCCUUCAUUCCACUACCUACAGCUGGUCCUGUCCCACUGCCCCUCACUCCAGCUACAAAAUCUGCACAGAUCUGUGGCACCUCAAAGUUCCCUGCUGAUGUCCUACUGAGAUCAGUCUCCAUUACAAAGGAGCUUUCACCAGUUCCUGUCUCAGCUGCUGCCUUGCUUGAUACUGGUUCCUCAGCUCAGAAGAUAGCCAAGGAGAAGAAUCUGUGUAGUCACCAGGAAAAAUACAAACAUAAUCCUAUUCAGGGAAGCUGCCGAUCAAGUUUUACUUCUGCUGACUGUGCCCGUCGUAUGAUCAUCAGCUCGGGCUUUAACACUCUUGCCAGUCUAGUACUGUCAGGAUCUGACCAAACCAGCACUAAGCUCAGCAAAGCACUGCUCUUGCAGAAGAGUGUAGCAUAUGUAGGAAGACUUCAGCAAGAACGCCGACAAAAUCAGGAAAUGGCAGAAAAACUGCGUGGAGAAAUUGAAGAGUUGAGCACUGCCAUUGAUAAAUUCCAGCGCCAACUUCCACCUAAUGGAGCUCCUGUAUUACCUCCACAAUCAAAUCAGGCUUCUGAACUCUAUGAAGAAUAUGUACGUCAGCGCACAUUAGACGACUGGCGUUUUUGGAUUUUCAGUGUUAUAAUUAAGCCACUGUUUGAGAGCUAUACCAAAAUGGUGAACACGGGCAACGUCAAGGAUUUCUGCCAAUCGGUGAUGAACUGGUUGGAGCAGCACUGCACAUUACCCAUCUUGCGGCCUGCUAUCUCUGGCUCUCUUCUGCAGCUGAGCAAAAUCACAUCAAUAUUGACUCAACCAAGCCAUCUGCCUGGCCAAGCUCUACGGGCAGUAUCUUCUCCGCAGUGCAAGAGCAACAACUAGGAUGAAGAUCAGUCUUCCUUCCCCCAGACAUUGCUGGGAAUCCAUAAUAAGAACUUCUAACUCAGGAAAUCCCUUCAUCAUGCAAAUAAGGACAUGGUAACAAUAUUGGUGCUAGGUAUUCCACAGCAGGGAAUCUGGGGGCUACCUUUGGUGCUGGUCAUCGUGGAAGAACAGUGGAAGAGUAGAGGGAACAGGACAAGGUACGGAGUUGGAGUACCUCUUAAAUUGUAGAAAGGAGUCAUCAGGCAUGGCUUUAGAUCAGGGGUGUCAAACUGGGGGCCCGCAGGCCGGAUAUGUCACGUGCAGGCCAUGCCCAGCUCUGCGAAGGGGAAAAACAUCAUGAAACGGCAACGUGACACGAGUUUGAUACCCAUGCUUUAGAUUUUUAUAGAACUGGGAAGAGUAUGAGUCUUCAUUUCCAGAGUUUUCCCACUAGAGGGCAAUAAAGAUACUUAGCAUGAUUCAGUUUCUCACAGAAGGUGAAAACUUAUGGCUAGCAGUCCCUGGUGUGAGUACAUAAUUACACGUAAUCCUUGAUUUACAACCGUUCAUUUAGUGAUCCCACGAAGUUGCAAUGAUAGUGAAAUUUAUUAUCAUUUUUCACAUGGCCAGCCAUUGCAGCAUCCCCAUGGUCACGUGAUCAAAAUUCAGCCACUUGGCAACUGGCUCGUAUUUAUGGCAGUUGCAGUGUCCCAGGGUCAUGUGAUCACCUUUUGCAACCUACUGACAAGCAAAGUCAAUGGGGAAGUCAGCUUCACUUAAUAACCAUGUUGCCAAUUUAACAAUGCAGUGAUUCACUUAACUGUGCCAAGAAAGGCCAUAAAAGUGGGCAAAACUCACUUAACAAUUGUCUCACUUAGCAAUGGACUCAAUUGUGGUUGUAAGUCGAGGAUUACCUGUACUGCAUAUCAGUCUGUUCAUGCCUUGAAAAACUGCGUGUCCUACAGGCUGAUUGCAGGCUUCACAUGUGGAUGGUUAUAGACGCACGCUUUUGCCUUAUUUCUCUCUUACAUUCCUGAUUGGAGAUCUUAUGCAGAGCUGCCCAUUUUCUGGACAUGUCCUGAAUUUCUACAAGAGGGUGUAACCUGGUUUCCAGCACAGAUGUUUAAAGAUUGUAUCUUGAUAUUUAGAGAAAAACUAAAUAUCUAAACUCUGAAGAACAUGGGCAGGUUCUUAUAAAGCAGUGAUUUGAUCGAGUUAUUUUCAGUGCAAUCCUAUGUCCUCUGUUCAAAGGAGUGUUUUGCUUAGUUCUGAGAAUACAGGUGCUGCCUAAUUAUUUUUACAUACAACUAAUGCUUUCCAUAAAGCAGUUCAAGUGCACUGGAAGCAUAGGGAACUUUUCUAAAAUACCGUCUUGUAGCACAGCUUCUUUUUAUAAAUGCUUCUAUAAUAAAUGUUCUCGAACAUUGGCUAUCCAGUUCAUAGUGAGACAACUUUUUACCAGGGACAACUUUUCACAAUACUGCUGCCUCUAUGUGAAAUUAUCAAAUGGGAGACAAUUUUCUUUAAGGAAUGUACUCAUUUAAUUAAAGUAUUUCUCACUCGGGAGUUAUAUCUUAGUCUAAAGGUAUUGUAGAGAGCAAGCAUAGCAAAGUAUUCAGAUUCUGUUGGCAUUUAAUCUAUUCUAUCUGAUAGCAUGAACAUUAGUCUUAUGUCCUUAUAAUUGUUCUUGCCUUUAAGCAAACAUUCUGAUACUGAUAAAGAGUGAAAACUGUGAACAAUAAAUGGACCCUCUCUAUAUUUCAUAAUUGCAUGGGGCAGGGAUUGGCAAUGUGGUGCUUAUAGGCAUUAGGACAUCUACCACCACCUCAAAGUGAUGAUCACGGCAGGUCUAAAAUAAAUGAAAACUGAUUUUAAAAAGACAGCCAUUGGUUUAGAGAUUUAGUGAAAAUAUAACAUUCCAUUGUCCAACAUUUUCUUGGAAGAUAGGAAUAUGCAAAAUUCAUUACAAAUUGGAAUAUCCUUUAUUCUUUUAAUACAUGUUGUCAUUUAAUCUGUAAUCCUUUUGUGUCCUCCUUCAUUCAUGUACGGAGGAGGAUUUUUUUAUCUAAAGUUACCGCCAACAAAUUAUGUUAAUAAAAUGCUAAUACGUAUUAGCAGAGAGCCAGUUUGGUGUAGUGGCUAAGGCAUCAGGCUUGAAACUGGGAGACCGAGUUCUAGUUCUGCAUUAAGUCUAAAACCAAUUGGCUGACCUUGGGCCAGUCCACUCUCUCUCAGCCCUAGGAAGCAGGAAGUGGCAAACCACUUCUGAACUCUUGCCAAAUGAUAAAUAGGCAGGCAGGCAGAUUGUUGCCUACCUUGGCUACAAACAAGGUUUUAAUUUUUUUCCAGUGCCCUGAGAGUUCCCUAGUUGAAGAUUUAUUCAAUUUUACAAAGUUUUAAUGAACAACUACAGAUGUCUUAUGAUUGCAUUUUAUUUUGUAAUUUCAGAGGCUAUCUUUGUUUAUCUCAGUUACAUCUUGGAUGCAAUUUAUUUUUCUUUGAUGCUGAGCUUAUAUUUUUAGUUUUUUCCUUUUUCCUUUUGUUAUUUUCCUGAUAUUUUGCUACUGUUGUUUCCAUAUACCGAUAAAUACAUAUACAUACCUAUACAAUCAGCAUCAAAUUGUUAUAUAUUAUUAAAGGCAUUUUUAAAUUAUCACUUGUAUUACAGGUUUUAAACGAAUGUCUUAUCAUGAUUUUAUCAAACAUGGUAAUUUCUGUAA